CACGCGCACUUCCGGUUUUCAAAUCAAUGAACAGCAAACUCGGGGCCAUGGCAGUUUUAUUAAAAUGACAGUUGUCGUUGUUAUGCGUUUUCUGAACAUGCGUGGUGUUUUUGGUACUUCCCGUAGGCAGCGAAACGAAUCCGUGUACGCCUCUCCGUCCGAGACGGUCACCUUGUGAACGGCGGCGAACGAGAAAAACCUCCAGCGGGUCGGGGUGCGUUUAGCUCACACCUUUCAUUUAUCGUUUAAUCGCGCUUCGACCAUGGGCGUAGUUCUGCGGAACCUACAGAACGUGGUUCCCCUGAGACGCGCCAAACUGCGCAAAGACGUGGAGAUCCUCAGACACAUCUUCGGGGUGCAGAAGUUUGACAUGAGCGUGAUAUGCGUGGACAACCGCAAGAUUCAGCGCAUCAACCACAUCUACAGGAAGAAGAACCAGCCCACAGACGUGCUGUCUUUCCCCUUCUAUGAGGAUCUGAGGCCAGGCAAAAUCCCAUGCGCCCUGCAAAGAGACGAGUACAACUUGGGUGACAUCUUCUUAGGGGUAGAGCAUGUAAUGCAUCAGUGUAAAGAGUCCUCGCAGGAUCUUCACGAAGCCCUUACAGUGGUCACUUCUCAUGGGAUCUGCCAUUUACUGGGAUACAGACAUGAAACUGAAGAGGAGUGGAACGAGAUGCAACAGAAAGAGAGCUACAUUCUCAGCGAGUUCAACAGGAUAACAGGCAGCCACCUCGAGCCCCUCACGAAGAGAUGCACAUAGCAAUGGAUACCAAUGGAACACACUUGAUUUUUCUUUUUUCUAAAUAAAUUUUAUUUAAAAUGUGUUUAAGGAAGUCAAAGACCGAAUACUAAGCAAUUAAGUAGAGCUUAUACCACUGUUUCAGAGAACACCAUACACACAACGUCCAAACAAGUCCCACUCUUCCAUGAACCUACUCGGAUGAUCAGAACAGAAAACACGAAGAAAGUGGUUACCGAAGACGUGACAAUGAGAACAGUACAGUACAAAUCAGACAGUGAACAAGAUCCUAAAAUAAAUAACAUCAGCUGACUUCAUGUGAGGCAUUCUCCUCAGAUGCUCACUAUAUUUAAUAAAGGUGUGAACGGUUUUCAUUUGAUGUCUUUCUGAAGACAGACAUUCUACACAAUGGCUGUGCAACUUCACUGUAAAGCUCUAUAUAGAAGAAAAACUAAAUUGUUUUACUAGGUCUGUAGGUGUGGAGAGGCAUAAAGAAUCUUGAAGUGAGAUCUUAAAAAAAAAAAAAAAAAAAAAAACAA